AUGUCCACCGAGAAGUCACAAACCCUCAACUGUCUCCAUGAGGAGACUCGUUCCACUUCCCCAGGCCAAGUGCCCCUUACGCAAGACGACGCCGCCAAUGCCGCUCAGCGAAUUUAGGCCUUGCGGUACUACCGUAAGGCCAUUGCCUGGUCGUUCGCCGUAUCGACUGCCACCAUCAUGGAGUCGUACGACCUCAUGCUCAUCGGCUCGUUCUUCGCCUUUCCGCCUCUCUAACGCAAGUUUGGCGUCCAACUGCCCAAUGAAUCCUGGUCCAUUCUAGCCCGGUGGCAGCUGGCUCUGGGCAUGGUCACCAAUUGCGGCUUGAUCCUCGUCUUGAUGGCCUCGCACACGGCUCUCGUCGCCUUGAUCUUUAUUGACUUUUUCGCGCCCUCUGUGGAGGUUCUGACAGCUGGCACGUUUCUGAUGAACACAUACUACGUCUUGAACAUUGUCAAGACGGUCGUGGCUCCCUACUUGCUGAACCCGCAGGAGGCGAAUCUGCAGGGCAAAGCGGCGUUUCCGGCGGCGGGCUUGACGCUAAUGCUCGCGGUCUGGGCUUGGCUCGGACUGCCAGAGCUGAAGGGGCUGACGGGCGAGACGCUGGACAGUCUGUUCGAGAGAAAAGUACCUGCGAGACGGUUUCUGAAGGCGGCCAAGGAGCUGCAGCACGUGCGGUAG